CUUCCAGUAUGUCUAGCCGCAGCGUGUCUGUUCCGGUACAACGGGCUGUCCUUCGUCUACCUCAUCUACCUCCUCCUGAUCCCGCUUUUUGCAGAGCCAACGAAGACGACCAUGCAGGGCCACACGGGGCGCCUGCUGAAAUCGCUGUGUUUCACCAGUAUGACCUUCCUGCUGCUGCACAUCAUCUAUCAGAUCACCGUCAACAGCCUGCUGGCAGGGAACACCAUCGAGCCCAAUUUCAACUGUUCAGCCUGGGAGAAAUCGAUACGACAGCUUGGCUUUGAGAGUGUAAUCGGGGCAGACGCAGGCAAUGGCAUCAGGGUGUUCAUACCGGACAUCGGCAUGUUUGUGGCCGGGCUGGUCACGUGGCUUCUGUGUCGCAGCCUGUUGGAGAAGCCACCUGCCGAGGACACCAUGGAGUUCAACGGCAACUUUGAAACCAGCGACCAGGCAGAGGGUGAUUGUGGCCUUCCAGAGGAAGGUCUGGAGGAGGAGGAUGAGGAGGAGCAGGAGGAGAGCACCAAGAUGAAAGUUCUGCGCCGGAUUGCGGGCGUGGCGUCCAAAGUCAAGGAAAUCAUCGGCGAUCUCAUUACCACGGCUGGAAAAGUGGUUGUGACCACAUUGCUUGGGCUAACAGGGAUCAUGCUGCCCUCCCUAACAUCGGCAGUGUACUUCUUCGUCUUCCUGGGCCUGUGCACCUGGUGGUCUUUCUGCCGGACGUUUGACCCCCUCAUCUUCAGCUGCCUGUGUGUGCUGAUGGCCAUCUUCAGUGCAGGACACCUGAUCAUGCUCUACCUUUACCAGUUCCAGUUUUUCCAAGAGUUCAUCCCACCACGUGACAGUUACGUAAGGUUAUUUGGCAUGUCAUCCAUCAUACAAAGUGACUGCUCAAACACAUGGAAAUUUGUGGUUAACCCACAGCUGGAGUGGCACCACUUUGUCAAUCCCAUUAUGCUGCUGGUGCUGUACUAUACCCUCGCCACACUAAUUCGACUGUGGCUCCAGGACCCCGUUGAUACUGCGUCUCAGGAAGGAGAGCAGAGCGUGCAAGAGGAGCCCGUGUGCAGCAACAGCGGAAACACAGCUGAGGAGAAGCGUCAGAUGUGGAAAAGUGCACACUACGGCACGGAUGAGAGAAACCUACUGUCCACCCAGGAUGGUUACAGCACAUCUGAAGUGUUGGUGGUGACCUCCAAUGGGACCCCUCUCGACUACAUCACCUCCAACCUCACCAGUGAGAACGGGCCCACAGGCCUGGAUCUUUACUCCACACCGCAAUACAAAAUGGAGCAGGCCGACAGGGAGUCAGAGAAAAAAGACGGCAGUGUCUAUGAGGUCACUGAAGAGCUUGAAGAGAUUUCGGAGGUGGUGGAGGGCGCCCGAGUGAGCGCUUUAGUUACGGUCUUCAGAUUCAUCAUGAAGCAAAGCUACAUCUGUGCUUUGAUCGCCAUGAUGGCCUGGAGCAUCACCUAUGUCAGCUGGCUGACCUUUGUGUUCCUGAUCUGGUCGUGCACACUGUGGAUGGUGCGUGACAGGCGGAAAUACGCAAUGCUCACCUCCCCAUUCAUGGUGUUCUAUGGGAACCUGCUGCUCAUCCUGCAGUACAUCUGGAGCUUUGAGCUCCUUCAGCCCGUCCCGGGACUCUUUCUAAAGAAAGAGGUGCCCUUUCGGGAACUGGGGUCAAAGAUCCUGUGUCUCUUGAGCUUCUGGCUGCUGCUGAGGCAGUCGCUGAUGGAGAGGAAGGAGAAACAGAACCAGCGGGCCGUGCUCUCUGACGUCAGGGUGGACGCCCACAGAAAGGAGGAGGAGGAAGAUGACGAAGGAGGUGGUGACAAGGAGAUUCUGCAGGUCCUGGGAAACAUGGUGAUGGCCAUGUUUGUCAAAUACUGGAUCUACAUCUGCGGGGGCAUGUUCUUCUUCGUCAGCUUUGAGGGCAGAAUCGUCAUGUACAAGAUCAUCUACAUGAUGCUCUUCCUCUUCUGCGUCGCAUUGUAUCAGGUGCACUAUGAGUGGUGGAGGAAAAUGCUCAAGUACUUCUGGAUGUCUGUAGUGGUUUACACAAUGCUGGUCCUCAUACUUGUCUACACCUUCCAGUUUGAAUCUUCUAUACAUGUGUGGUCAAACAUGACUGGAAUGAGCAAAGAAAAGCUGGAGGACCUGGGAUUGGAGAAAUUCUCUGUGCCAGCACUCUUCACAAGGAUCUUCAUCCCCACCUCCUUCCUGCUGGUUUGCAUCCUUCACCUGCACUACUUCCACGAACGCUUCCUCCAGCUCACCGACCUGAAGGCUGUGGUAGCUAAGCACGAGAGCACCAUUUACAGCCAUGCCAAAGUCAAUGGCCGUGUCUAUCUGAUCAUGAAUAGCAUCAGGCAAAAAAUACCCACUCAUCAGAAUGAGCUGGUGCACCAGGACGGCAGUCUGGCUGACAUCACCAUGAUCAAUGCAUCCAUGGGCCCAGUGAGGAAGGAGGAAGAGGCGGAGGAGAAGGUCCACGCAAACGAGGGCGUUGAGAAGAAGAAGGGGAAGGAGCCUAAAGAACAGAGUGGCAAGGCCGAGAACCGCCAUGGCAACACAGGCGCACCGGAGCCACCCACCAACCAGAGCUCAGAUCUGAAGAAUAAGUGGCACCUGGUUGUGGAUCGCCUGACAGUGCUCUUUCUCAAGUUCCUGGAAUAUUUUCACAAGAUGCAGCUUUUCAUCUGGUGGUUGCUUGAGCUGCACAUCAUCAAGAUCGUGUCCUCCUACAUCAUCUGGGUGUCGGUGAAGGAAGUGUCCUUGUUUAACUAUGUCUUCCUGGUGAGCUGGGCCUUUGCUCUUCCAUACAGCCAGUUUCGCCCCCUAGCCUCCAGCGUGUGCACCGUCUGGACCUGCAUCAUCAUCGUCUGCAAAAUGCUGUAUCAGCUGUCCUCUAUCCAGCCUGCCUCCAAAAGCUGCCCAAUGCCAGCAAAUUACACAGAGGCCCAGAGGCAGGAGCUGGAGAAGUCGCUCCUGUACACCCCAAUCGACCCAGCCAACUGGGUGGGCCUGAAAAAGUUCACCCCACUCCUGGAGUACCUGAGGAACAACCUGUUGAUGCUGGCCAUCUUGGCAUUUGAAGUGACUAUUUACCGUCACCAAGAGUUCUACCGGCUGAGAAACAACCUAACGGCCCCUGUCACCAAGACCAUCUUUCACGACAUCACAAGGCAGCACCUCGACGACGGCAUCGUCAACUGCGCCAAGUACUUCAUCAAUUACUUCUUUUACAAGUUUGGGCUGGAGACGUGUUUCCUGUUAGCGGUCAACGUGAUUGGGCAGCGGAUGGACUUCUAUGCGAUGCUCCACGCGUUCUGCUUGAUUGCAGUCAUGUAUCGGCGGAGGAGGAAAGCCAUCGCGGAGAUUUGGCCCAAGUACUGCUGUUUCCUGGCUUGCAUGAUGACCUUCCAGUACUUUCUGUGCAUCGGCAUCCCACCAGCAGCCUGCCAAGAGUACCCAUGGAGGUUUCCCUCCUCUACCAUGGACUCCAAUGUCAUCAAGUGGCUCUACUUUCCCGAUUUCCACACGAGGCCCAACCCCCUCUUUCUCCUUUACGACUUCAUGCUGCUGCUGUGCGCCUCCCUGCAGAGGCAGAUAUUCGAGGAUGAGAACAAGGCAGCGGUGCGCAUCGUGGCUGGGGACAACGUGGAAAUCUGCCGGGACCUGGACGCGGCCUCCUUCAGCCGGCACAACCCUGUCCCUGACUUCAUCCACUGCAGGUCAUACCUGGACAUGCUGAAGGUGAUCAUGUUCAGCUACCUUUUCUGGUUCGUCCUCACCAUCAUCUUCAUCACAGGAACCACGCGCAUCAGCAUCUUCUGUAUGGGCUACCUGGUGGCCUGCUUCUACUUCCUGCUUUUUGGGGGAGACCUGCUGCUCAAGCCCAUUAAGAGCAUCCUGCACUUCUGGGACUUCCUGAUCGCCUACAACGUGUUUGUGAUCACCAUGAAGAACAUUCUCUCUAUAGUUGCCUGUGGAUACAUCAAGGCCCUUGUUGUGAAUAACUGCUGGUUGAUCCAGUUGUUCAGCCUCGCCUGCACUAUCAAGGGUUACACCCGCCCCGACCCCAACAAACAUUGCGAACUGCCGAGCGACGAGGCGGGGAUCAUCUGGGACAGCAUCUGUUUCGCCUUCCUGCUGCUGCAGAGGCGCGUCUUCAUGAGCUACUACUUCCUGCACGUGGUGGCCGACAUUCGCUCCUCCCAGAUCCUAGCGUCCAGAGGGGCUGAGCUAUUCCAGGCCACAAUUGUGAAAGCUGUCAAGGCCAGGAUCGAAGAAGAGAAGAAGUCCAUGGACCAGCUCAAGAGACAAAUGGACCGCAUUAAAACACGGCAGCAGAAGUUUAAGAGGGGUAAGGAGAGGAUGAUGAGCUUGGCUCAGGAGUCGGGGGAGGGGCAUAACAUGACCAAGGAAGAAGAAGAAGAUGAAGGAGACGCAGACAAAGAAAAGGCCAAGAGCAAAAAAAAGCAGUGGUGGCGGCCUUGGGUUGACCAUGCUUCCAUGGUGAGGAGUGGAGAUUAUUACUUAUUUGAGACGGACAGUGAAGAAGAAGAGGAAGAAGAUGACAAAAAAGAGGAAGAGCCGCCUAAGAAAUCAGCAUUUCAGAGAGCAAUUGGAAAAUUUGCUUCUGCUUUGUUGGCUUUGCCAAAGUCUGUCAUUAAACUGCCCAAAACUAUACUUCAGUAUAUAGUCAGGGCAGCAAAGUUUGUCUACCACGCCUGGAUCACGGACUCCAAAACUGCCAUGAAGGAGAGGAGCCAGGAGAAGCGCAGGUUCUGGAAAAAGCACACCGGAGGAGACAAGCCACGGAGGGACAGGAAGGAGGGCCACGUGGCAAUAGAGGUGGGGGAGAUGGAGGAUGAGCGGGAGGUUGGAGAAGAGGAGGAGCCAGACGGACCAGACAACAUCAUCAAGCGGGUCUUCAACAUUGUGAAGUUCACCUGGGUCCUGUUCCUGGCCCUGCUUGACAGCUUCACUGCCUGGCUGAACUCCAUCUGCCGAGAGCACAUCGACAUCUCCACCGUGCUGCGCAUCGAGCGGUGCAUGCUCACCCGAGAGAUCAAAAAGGGUAAUGUUCCGUCACGGGAGAGCAUCCAUAUCUACUAUCAGAAGCAGAUGCGUAUGAAUCUCUCAAGGGAAUCAGGGUUGGAUGGCAUAGAUGAAUACUCAGUUUCCUGCUCCCAGAGGGCAGAGCACAAUCGCAGUGGACUUCAGACGGAUAGCCAGGACUCGGUGCUCUCUCGUGACAGUUUGUCCAGCGCCUACACCGAGGCCACCAUGCUCUUCUCCCGCCAGUCCACGCUGGACGGCCUGGAUGGACCGUCCGAGAGCGUCCCCAAAACCAGCGAGCGAGCCAGGCCCAAACUGCGCAAAAUGUACGGCCUGGACGUGUCCAACUCGUCUGCAGACAGCGGCGGCAGCGCCAUGUCCAGUGAACCCACACAGUGCACCAUGCUGUGCUCACGACAGGGCACCACCGACACCAUCGAGGAGGUGGAGGACGAGCAGGACCUGGACCCGCCCCGAGAGGAGGGGCACUAUUUCGACAUGGAGGGUGAGACGUCAGCACAGGCGAGGGGCGGGGACCUGGAGGCGCAGGGGGCGGGGCGGGACUACCUGUGCCCCGCGGAGUUUGAGGUGCAGCUGUAUUCGCCAGACACAGACGCCCCCACCACCUUCCCCACAGAUGCAGAUGUGCCCCCCUCCUACAGUAAGGCCGUCAGCUUUGAUGGGGCGUCUGACGGCUCAGCUAGAGACGACGACAAGCAUCUGAUGGUCAUGACCCCGGAUGCCAGUAGGUCAGAUUACCUAGAUGACAGCGUGCUGCCCUCUCUAACCCACGAGCUGACCGCCAGCGAGCUGCUGCUUAACAAGAUGUUCUACGAUGAGGAGCUGGAGGAAUCCGAGCGCUUCUACCACGGCCAGCCCCAGCUGCUGCAGCUGUGCUACGCCCUCUACAACAUGCUGGUGGCGCACUCAGAGAUGGUCUGCUACCUGGUCAUCAUCCUCAAUCACAUGAUCUCCGCGUCGGUGGUCACCCUGGUGCUGCCCAUCCUCAUCUUCCUGUGGGCCAUGCUGUCCGUGCCGCGGCCCAGCAAGCGCUUCUGGAUGACCGCCAUAGUCUACACCGAGGUCACCAUUGUGAUAAAAUACUUCUUCCAGUUUGGUUUCUUCCCCUUCAACCAGCAUAUAGAGGUGGACAAGACAAAGCCUUUCCACCCUCCUAACAUCAUUGGUGUUGAAAAGAAAGAAGGCUAUGUACAUUAUGACCUGGUUCAGCUCCUGGCUCUCUUCUUUCACAGAUCCAUCUUGAAGUGCCACGGGCUGUGGGACGAGGAUGACCCCAGGGUGGCGGAAAAGGUGGCCCUCCACCAGCACGACUCAGAGGGGGAGGAGCCAGCGGCCACCACGGCGGGCGAGAGGAGGGACUCUGAAGGCUCCCUGAAGUCCAUCGACCUGGCCGCCUCGCUGGAGUCGGUACACGUGCGCUUCCCCAAGCAGCAGACGCCUGUGCGCCGCAAGAGCUCCACCACCGGCUCCCAGAUCUCCCGCCGCUCCUCCCACUCUGCCCGCUCCAAGAGAGGCAGCACGAGCACGCGGAACAGCAGCAGGAGAGCCGGCAGCGUCCUGAGCGUCCAGCAGAAGAGCCGCAAGGAGCUCCUCCUCGAGAAACUGAGGGAGCAGCUGAUCAAAGCCAAGGCCUUCACUGUGAAAACAACCCUGGACAUCUACAUUCCCAUUCGCCAGUUCUUCUACAACCUGAUUCACCCAGAGUACAGUGCUGUGACAGACGUCUAUGUGCUGAUGUUCCUGGCCGACACUGUGGACUUCAUCAUCAUUGUCUUUGGGUUUUGGGCUUUUGGGAAACAUUCCGCAGCUGCCGACAUCACAUCCUCCCUGUCAGAGGACCAGGUGCCCGAGGCCUUCCUGGUCAUGGUGCUGAUCCAGUUCGGCACCAUGGUGGUGGACCGGGCCUUGUACCUCAGGAAGACUGUCAUGGGCAAGGUCAUCUUUCAGGUCAUCCUGGUCUUCGGGAUCCAUUGCUGGAUGUUCUUCAUUCUGCCAGGGGUCACGGAGAGGCGCUUCAGUCAGAACACAGUGGCGCAACUCUGGUACUUUGUGAAGUGCAUCUACUUCGGCCUGUCGGCCUAUCAGAUCCGGUGUGGCUAUCCCACCCGUGUGCUGGGCAACUUCCUCACCAAGAGUUACAAUUAUGUCAACCUCUUCCUGUUCCAAGGGUUCCGCCUGGUGCCGUUCCUGACAGAGUUGCGUGCCGUGAUGGACUGGGUCUGGACGGACACCACUCUCAGCCUGUCUAGCUGGAUCUGCGUGGAGGACAUCUACGCCCACAUCUUUGUCCUCAAGUGCUGGAGGGAGUCCGAGAAGAGGUACCCCCAACCUCGGGGGCAGAAGAAGAAGAAGGUGGUGAAGUACGGGAUGGGGGGCAUGAUCGUGAUGCUGCUCAUCUGCAUCGUCUGGUUCCCGCUGCUCUUCAUGUCUUUGGUCAAGUCUGUGGCUGGAGUGGUCAACAAGCCACUGGAUGUCUCCGUCACCAUCACCCUUGGGGGAUUCCAGCCAAUCUUCACUAUGAGUGCUCAGCAGAAUCAGCUUAAGGAGAUCACCAAUUCACAGUUCACAAAAUUUGUGAAUUCAUAUCGAGAUACUCCAGGUGCCAUGCAGUUCCUGGAGGCGUACACGUCUGAAGACGUCAUUGUGGCCGAGCUGGAGGGAAGUUCAAACUCCCUCUGGACCAUCAGUCCUCCCAGCAGGAAGAACCUGAUGGAGGUGCUGAGCAAAGAGGACCAGUUUGCUGUCACCAUGUCCUGGUCCAUUCAAAGGAACCUCAGUUUAGGAACCAAAGCUGAACUUGCAACAGAUAAACAUGUAACCCAUUUGGACCCAGAAACAAGACAGGAGCUUAUUGACUUGUUGAAUGGGACGAGGAGAGAUGCUGUGGUCAUAGCACAUGUCUUCCCCUGCUUUAUCCGAGCACCUAGCGACUCUAAUGCCAAACCCAUCGAGCAGCUUUAUAAAGAUGACAACUAUGAGAACAUCACACUGGCACUGGAGAGAACCCACAACGGCACAGGUGAGAUCCAGGAGUGGUGGAUUGUGGACCAGCCCUUCCCAGGUAAAAUCGACGUAGCAAACCCCAAGAAGAAGCAAGAGGCUGGCCUGGAGCUGUGCGUCUUCAGCGACAAGGUCAGCCCACCCAGUCUGGGAUUCCUGGCAGGAUACGGGAUCAUGGGCCUGUACGCCUCGGUGGUGCUGGUGAUCGGGAAGUUCGUGCGCGAGUUCUUCAGCGGCAUCUCCCACUCCAUCAUGUUCGAGGAGCUGCCCUGCGUGGACCGCAUCCUCAAGCUGUGCACCGACAUCUUCCUGGUGCGCGAGACGGGCGAGCUGGAGCUGGAGGAGGACCUGUACGCCAAGCUCAUCUUCCUCUACCGCUCCCCGGAGACCAUGAUCAAGUGGACGCGGGAGAAGACGCAAUGAGGGAGGGCGCCGCCCUCCCGCCCCGGGGCGAGAGUGCCAAAAGAUGGACCGGUGGACACGAAAAACGAAAGCACAAUCUAACGGGCGGCGGCUGGUUUUUUCCUACGCGACUGGUUGGGCGGCGGCUGAAGAUCUCCCGCGUGCACAUCUCUACUGCCUCCUGCAACGAAGGCCACGGUGCAAAAAACUGCCGUCGCUAGUUUUUAGGAGAAUCUCAGCCGUCGGCCCUUGCGUUGCAGGUCUCCACGCUGACAGACGCCCGAGAGGCUUUUUUUUUGACUGUGCAAUUCCAGGCAGCGCGCCACUGCUGUUCUCCUGUUGUUCAGAUCUCUGGCCUUUUCAGAUCGGUAAACGUGAACCACGGGUUGUGCAAUAUGCAGCCCUGAGAGGCUGGCUGUAAACUUGAAUCAACACCGACUUUUUUUCAUGAUGUGAUCCUGGAAAAGACAAAGGGCAGCAGACUGACUGAAAGACACUCGCCACUUUUUUUUUUUCUAAAUAAAAAAAAAAAAAGAAUUUUUUCUUAAACCUGGAAAUGCUUCGGUUCUGCAGCAGACUAAAAAAAAAAAUGAGGAGGAGACCUUUGAGGUGUGGUGGACGAACGAUUCGACAAUCUUUACUUGC